UCCAAACAGAUGAGGAACACAACGCAGGAGAGCUGACAUUGUGACAACACCGAAACACUCCAAAAGUGUAAAUGGAAAUGAUGACGGGAAUAUCAACUGAUAACAUCUAUGAAAAUGAUGAUGUUACAAGCGGUAAAUUUGAAAAAGAUUCAUCUGAACUCACAGGAGCUGAAGGUGUGAAGAACAGAAGCUCCAGAGCAGCUGCAGUGUGUUUGAUGCUCCUGUGUGUUCUUCUGCUGACCGCAGUCAUAGUGCUGUGUGUCAUGUUCACUGGAGAGAGACAGCGGCUCAUAUCCAAGAAUGACAACCUCACUGAUGAGAGAGACCAGCUCAUAUCCAUGUUCACUCAGGAGAGACAGAAGUUCAUAUCCAAGAAUGACAACCUCACCAAUCAGAGAGACCAGCUCAUGUUCAUGAAUAAGAAUCUGACUAGAGAGAGAGAUCAGCUAAAACAGGAGAAAAGCGAUCUUCAGAGGAGUCUUGAUAAAAUGGAUGGAUGGACUUACUAUCAUCAGUCCAGUUUUUACUUCAUUUCCUCUGGGCUGAGGAGCUGGAAUGAGAGCAGAAGAUACUGUAGAGACAGAGGAGCAGACCUGAUCAUCAUCAACAACACAACAGAAUUAGAGUUUGUGAACAGGAUUUCUGGUAAUAUUUCUGGUAAUACUGGAGUCUGGAUUGGUCUGAUUAAAGUGGAUGGCAGAUGGAAAUGGGUUGAUGACAACACACUGAACUCUGAGUCCUGGGUGUCUCCAGAUGGACAGAACUGUAUUUUUUGUUAUUCCACACAGUGCUAUUAUAGUUUAUGUGAUGAUGUUUAUAGAUGCAUCUGUGAGAGGAGAAUUUUACCCAGUGUACUGCCCUAGAAACAUCAGCUUUUCAAAAUACAAAUGUAACAUUACAAUAAUUUCUUGAACUGCUGAUGAAAUUUAAAUAUAUUUCAAUAAAUACCUGAAUAGUACUUUACAAACACGCAUGCAUAAUUAAUUGGCCUA